AUGCUAUGGAUUUAUCGACGUUCCGCGAAGCAGAGACAGCCACUCGGACACGCAAGCGCGCAAAUCGAUGUGCCUACUAGCUGUUUGGCAAGUGUCUCAACUAAAAGUUGCCCCGUAUUCCCACAGAGGGAGAAUUCUGGUGACUUUUGCGAUAGAUUUUUAAUUCAAAUAUAUAACAACGACGUAGCUAGCGGAGCACAUCGAACAACAAAAUUCUCGCUUUCAACCGGGUGUUGGAGUGAGGCUGACGAAGCCAGUCGGCUACUUCCACUCAUGGUUGAUUCUGAGGCUGUUGUGGACGGCUCGGACGACAUUUACCUUCUCCCAUCUGUCUCAUCUCGCAGUUCAAGUACAUUUGACAUGACCAGAUGCUGCCGCGCGCUGUUUGGUCGACGUCGUGUACUACAUUCACGCACCGUGAGAAUUGGCUACGGCCCUGUGGGAGGUGACGGUGCCUCUUUUGCACCGAACAAAGUCUGUAACCAGAAAUAUAAUAUUUUCAGCUUUGUUCCAUUGGUGCUUUUCCAACAAUUCAAAUUCUUCCUCAACCUUUAUUUCUUGCUUAUGGCAUGCAGUCAGUUUAUACCAGCCAUUCAAAUUGGUGCACCUAUCACCUAUUGGGGUCCGCUUGGGUUUGUACUUACAAUUACAUUAAUUCGCGAAGCUCUUGAUGACUUUGUACGCUUUUUACGAGACAAGGAGUUGAAUGGAGAGAAGUAUGAACGACUAACUCGCGAUGGGACAAGGGUAGAAGUCAAUAGUAGUGAUAUCGAAGUGGGCGAUGUGAUUAUAAUAGAAAAGGAUCGACGAGUUCCUGCUGAUGUUGUGUUAUUGCGAACAACGGAGAAGUCUGGAGGUUGCUUUAUACGAACCGACCAGCUGGAUGGAGAAACUGACUGGAAAUUACGUAUUGCUGUUCCGUUCACACAACACACGAACAACGAAGCUGAUAUAAUGGAGAUUAAUUGCGAAAUAUACGCAGAAAAACCACAGAAGGACAUACAUGCAUUCGUUGGCACAAUCAAGGUGACCACUGAAGACCAAGUGCAGGAUGGAUCCCUGAAUGUAGAAAAUGUUCUAUGGGCGAACACUGUGCUUGCUAGUGGCACAGCGGUGGGAAUAGUCGUUUAUACUGGAAGAGAAACUCGAUCAGUGAUGAACACAACCUUACCAGAGAGCAAAGUUGGCUUGCUUGACCUUGAGGUCAACAACUUGACGAAAUUAUUGUUUGUGUUCGUGAUGGUCCUCGCAUCCGUGAUGGUAGUCAUGAAAGGGCUUGAUGCGAACUGGUAUCGAUACUUGAUGCGAUUUGUGUUGCUGUUUUCAUAUAUCAUUCCAAUUUCACUACGAGUCAACCUUGAUAUGGCUAAGUUGUUCUAUGCAUGGCAAAUUGGACGUGAUAAACAAAUACCCGACACUGUAGUGCGUUCCUCAACCAUACCGGAAGAACUUGGUAGGAUCUCUUUUCUGUUAUCCGAUAAGACUGGAACUUUGACGAAGAACGAAAUGCACUUCAAGAAGAUACACUUGGGCACAGUUGCGUUUAGUUCUGAUGCUUUUGAAGAAGUAGCACAUCAUGUUGCUAGCGCUUACACAAGUCGACUGGGAAGGCAUUCGUUCUCCGCUAAGCUGCAGUCUGCCGUAGAAGCCAUUGCACUUUGUCAUAAUGUUACUCCUAUCGUUGAAAAUGGCUCUGUAUCCUACCAAGCUGCGAGCCCUGAUGAGGUUGCACUAGUGAAGUGGACGGAAAGUGUUGGAGUACGAUUGGCUCAACGUGACUUACAUUCUAUACAACUUCAGCUUAGUAUCGGGCAGACUAAGGUCUUCCAGAUUCUUCAUGUGUUUCCAUUCACCAGUGAGACCAAAAGGAUGGGCAUUGUUGUGAAGGAUGAAACUACCGACGAAGUUUAUUUGCUGAUGAAAGGAGCUGACACAGUCAUGGCUGGAAUGGUACAGUACAACGACUGGCUUGAGGAGGAAUGCAGCAAUAUGGCUCGCGAAGGCCUUCGUACUCUUGUUGUGGCAAAACGCUCACUGUCUGCUGCUGAACUCGAAGCAUUUGAUCGUGCAUAUCACACGGCAAAAAUGUCCAUCACUGACCGAUCCCAGAAUAUGCAGAAUUGUGUAAAUCGAAUGCUUGAGAAAGAUCUACAACUUCUUUGCCUAACUGGUGUUGAGGAUAGGCUUCAGGACCAAGUGACAACAUCACUCGAGCUUCUUCGAAACGCUGGCAUCAAGAUCUGGAUGUUGACCGGAGAUAAAUUAGAGACAGCUAUCUGCAUUGCCAAAUCGAGCGGGCUCUUUUCAAGGACGGAUAAUGUCCAUGUCUUUGGGUCGGUCCAGAACCGAACGGAAGCACAUAAUGAACUCAAUGCUUUGAGGAGAAAAAGUGAUGUGGCUCUUGUAAUGCAAGGCUCUGCCCUCAAUGUCUGCUUACAAUACUAUGAAGCCGAGGUUGCGGAAUUGGUUUGUGGUUGCACCGCUGUCGUAUGUUGUCGCUGUUCACCCGAACAAAAAGCGCAGAUUGUCCAGCUUUUACGAAAAUAUCGUGCUCCGCUUCGGGUAGCUGCCAUUGGUGAUGGAGGAAACGACGUGAGCAUGAUCCAAGCCGCUCAUGCUGGUAUUGGUAUCGACGCUAAUGAAGGAAAACAAGCAUCGCUCGCUGCUGAUUUUUCAAUCACACAAUUCUCGCACGUCUGCCGACUUCUUCUUGUUCAUGGAAGAUUCUGUUACAAGCGAUCUUGCGCGCUUUCUCAGUUUGUGAUGCACAGGGGUCUCAUCAUAUCUACCAUGCAAGCUAUAUUUUCAUGCGUGUUUUACUUCGCCUCUGUAUCGCUUUACCAAGGUGUUCUUAUGGUCGCUUAUUCAACUGCGUACACUAUGCUCCCCGUAUUCUCUUUGGUUGUUGAUCGUGACGUUACCGCCAGCAACGCUCUCACUUAUCCAGAACUCUACAAAGAAUUAGGCAAAGGACGGUCACUUUCGUACAAAACGUUUUGCAUUUGGGUCAUGAUCAGCUUGUAUCAAGGCGCUGUAAUAAUGUAUGGAGCUUUGUUAGUGUUCGAUGCGGACUUUAUCCAUGUCGUAUCUAUCUCGUUCUCUGCCCUCAUAGUCACUGAACUAAUUAUGGUAGCAAUGACAAUCCAUACAUGGCAUUGGGCUAUGUUGUUAGCACAGGCUCUGUCACUGAGUCUUUACGCCGUGUCACUCAUUGUUUUGGACCAAUAUUUCGAUCGUCAGUUCGUGCUUUCUUGGAUGUUUGUCAUCAAGACAACGCUCAUCACGCUUGUAUCAUGUUUGCCUUUAUAUGUAGUGAAAGCUUUGCGAAGAAAGUUCUCUCCACCUUCCUACGCUAAGGUGAACUGAUCGCCAAAGAAACCCUGGCUGGCAACAGCAGCAAAAUAGCCUUUUUGAAUUUACGUGUCAGCUUCUGAGUUCGGUGGCAGUUUUCAUUUCGGGAUUCAAAUUCUCAAUUGGGAUAAUAGCAUAUUGUUUUCGCAUCUGAAGAUGAAAAAGAAAUAAUGAAGUAUUGCUGAAGUGUAGAUAAAGCUCUUGUUAUCAGCGAAUGCUCUGAACUCAUAUAUAUUUUCACUCUUGCAUGUUAUGUAUUCGUAUGAUCAUAUUAUGUUUGUGAGCGCAUUGUAUGUAAAUGAGUGCAACAACGAUAAGUCUAAUCGCAAUCUGCUUUUUAUGUCGUCUUGAUAACAUUCCAGUCGGGUAAGUAUUACUAGUGCUUCCUUCACUUUUCUGCAAUUUUUGCUUAUUUUGUUCCCACUCUUUGUCCUACAAGUGUUGCUUUCUUUCAUAGCACGGACAGUAACAUUGGCAUACCCUAAUUCUUUGUGUUGUCCUUUAAUCAGUCUUAAAGAAAGCAGUUUUUCUUUUGCGACUACACU